AUAUAUAUAAACAACCUCAUCAUCAGUCACCAUUUCAAAGUUUUAAGUACUAGUCACUCAAACUUAAGGUAACUUCUAGCUUUAGUUUCAUUUCAUCUAGAAAGAUAGAAAGAAGGUACUGAGGUUGUCGUACAUCCACGACAACCAUUGAAGUCCAGUUACAGUUCAACAUCUAUAUCACCAUAGAACAUUUUUCUUGCAAGCUUCGAAAUUCGUCGAUACUACUUCGUGCAAGAAUUCACCAUUUUUUUCUUGUUAUAUUUAGUCAAACUCAACAGUAGAGUUUGGAGUUUGUAGAAAAAUAUAUUCUUAUUGCACAAUCGAGUUAGUUCGAAAAACUACAGCCAAAGAAGAAUAACAAGAACUGAUACAAGGUUAGUGUACUUGAGAAAUAUAAUAUCAAUCAUACGUAUAUGUUGAGUGGGUAACAGCAUCUUAAAGUUCAAGUAAUAUAUACUUUGAGAUGGAUGGAUUAGUAUCGAAGGAAGAAUCAUUACCACCAGGGUUUAGGUUCCAUCCAACAGAUGAAGAACUCAUAACAUACUAUCUUACAAACAAGAUAUCCGACUCGAGUUUCACCGGAAAAGCAAUAACCGAUGUGGAUCUUAACAAAUCCGAACCAUGGGAUCUCCCAGCCAAGGCAAAAAUGGGAGAAAAAGAGUGGUACUUUUUCAGCCUCCGAGAUCGUAAAUAUCCAACAGGAAUACGCACCAAUCGGGCAACACAUGCGGGUUACUGGAAAACAACUGGGAAGGAUAAGGAGAUAUUUGAUAGUGCAACAUCCAAUAUGGUCGGUAUGAAGAAGACAUUAGUGUUUUACAAAGGAAGAGCUCCAAGAGGAGAGAAAACUAAUUGGGUGAUGCAUGAAUAUCGACUUCAUCCCAAAACAUCCUUCAGAACGAGCAAGGAUGAAUGGGUUGUUUGCCGCGUCUUCCAAAAGACCAACAGUUUGAAGAAAUACCAGCCACCAGUGCACCAACAACACAGAACCAAUCCAUACAGUUUCGAAACGGGUCAUUCGAGCCUCUUACCACCAAUGAUGCAUAUGGAUCAUUUCUCCGGAAGAAACUACAUAAACAAUGCAGACUUGGCAGAAAUCUCAAGGGUUUUAAGAGGUCCCCAGAAUAUGAACAUACCAAUGCAAACACAACCAAGCUAUCCCGGUUGCUUCACGAUAUCCGGCUUAAACCUGAACCUAGGAGCCCCAACUACACAGCAAGGAUUUCGACCUGUGCCGCCACAGAACCAUCAGAUGAUGAAUGCUCAUUCAAUGAGUACAACCGAUGGAUCUUCGUCUGUGUUAACUAAUAGUGGUCAUGUAGUUGGUGGAAAUAGCGCUGGUUUUAGCAUGGAUAUGAAUACAACGAUGGGGAACAACCACAGGUUCCAAAAUAUGGACCCAUAUGCUGUAGACCUUGAGAAUUACUGGCCUUCCUGCUAGAGAGAAUCUUAUAAUUAACCCAAGUAAGACGAGGGGAGCUUCGUCGAUAUGAGUUAGUUUGAUGAUCAGCAAAUGUUAGAUUUAACUUCCUAUGCGCUGGGUACUUUGAAGAGGAACUUUUAUUGUACUUCUAAUGCUUGUUUAGACUUGGUUAUAGAUUAACAGGAACUACUGGGAUGUCCAUAUAGGGAUUGGCAUGGUUAUUAGACAAUAGUGUGAGGAGUAAUGACGAACCAACCAAUCGUCUUCUCCACCACUCGAUCUGUUUCGUUUUGUUUCUUGAGAAUAAAGGGGUUGUAUUCAAAUGUUCUCAAAUUUAUAUGCAAAAAACCAAAGAAGGUUGGAUGACAAGAAACCAGUACGACACAUGAUUUAACAUUUUCCAUUCUAGUUUUUUUUCAUGUAAUCCAGAUGAAAAUUUAUU